AUGCGCCAGAUCAAGACCGCAGAAAACAAUAUGGCAGCGAUGGAUUGUAACGUGGUUGAUGCGCCUCGAGAGAAAUAUGUUAGAAAAGAAGAAGAGAAAAUCAGGAGGAGAAGAAGAGAAAAAUUGAAAAGACUUUCAAAUAAGAUCAAGGAAAUUAUGGAGGAGGAACCUGACAUUCCCAUUAUGUUUUUGUAUACAAUGAAUGGGAAGACGGAGGGACAGGUCUCACCAUGGUUGCGGGACAUAUGUCAUGAUGUUGCGAAGCAAAUGACCUCUGCCAGCAUGGAGCACCAUGCUGAAAUGUUGCUAUCUUCUAAAGAGUAUCGAACACCAACUCCAGAAGAAGACUGGAGGGCUUUGUUGUCAGUAAAUGCAGAAAGUACUCCAGAGUCAGUGCUGCGGAGAUUACUGCCUCUUGUUCUGAGAGGGAUAUUGAAAGCAAAAUGUAUUUGGAAGUGUAAGAAACCAGAGGGCUGGCCUGAUGAUGUGAAUUUCCAGGACCCAAAUAGAACCAUCAAUAAUCACAAAAUAUCAGCAGAAGAAUUGCGACGGGUGUUCAUUUGUUUGCAGACAUCACAUAAUAUAGACAUUGAGCAAGGGAAUGGAGAGAAUCCAGAGGAUGCCUCUGUCUACUUAGAAAAGGAGAACCUUUCAACAUACACCAUUGAAAGACUUCUGAACAAAGGGAAGUUCAGUGACGUUCAGUCGAAAUUGUUAAAGAGCAAUGCACCUGAUGUAGUUGCAUCCAUUGUCACAACACAUUACACCACUAAAAUGGUGAGGGAAGGCUUUUCAUCCCCCAAAACCUUUCCAUUGACUUUGGUUCAACCCAGCCCAGCCCAUCUGGAUCUUCUGUGCAAGGUCCAUGGGCAGAUCCACAUUGACCAUUAUGUGCAACAGUAUGAGCGCAUAAUACGGAGUGAUAGCCUGGGGGAAGUUGAGGAGAUUUACAAACUCUUAGAUAUAAGGGGAAAUUCUGACAUCAAUAAGAGUUUUGAAGAAGCCUUGAUGGAACCUAAGGGAUAUAAAAGUGCCAGCAAACCUGUGAUUGAGUUGGAGAGAUACAGACUCCCAGGAAUGGAGAAAAGAGUGUGA